AUGACCGGAGAUCUUGCACAGCCAAAUUUUGAAGGCUAUUUGAACAAGUCCGGCGGCUGGGCAGAUGCCAACAAGGCAAUCAAGCAGCUGCGCGAUGAGUGCCUCGAGCUUGGUAUUUCUUUUAUUGCUGGCCGAGCUGGAACUGUUGUAGGAUUUGACAGCAAUGCUGGAGGUGUUAUUAAAGCAGUGCGUACAGUUGGAGGAACACCAAUCGAAGGCGAUCACUUUAUUCUUGCAGCCGGCGCUUGGUCUUCGGGCCUAGUCCCGACCUACAACUCGACAUUAUCUACAGCACAAGCACUGGGUUUUCUCCGUUUGACGGAAGCUGAGAUGAUCAAGUACAAGGAUCUCCCAAUCUACGUAAACUACGCCACUGGAUGGUUCAACUUUCCUCCUCAUGAGGACACCAAGAUGCUGAAGUUUGCUGUUCACGGCUGGGGAUAUACCAGAGCACCUUCUGCGGGAGAUAACAAUGCUGUCAAGUCUAACAUCUCGGUUCCGCCUGCAGUUUCUCGAGAGCGCAAGAAUUUCGUCCCAGCUGAUGCUGAGCAACGUCUUCGUGCCGGAUUACGGGAGAUAUUACCAGAGCUUGCUGAUCGAGAACUGGAGAGAGCCGCCCUUUGCUGGUAUACGGAUACGCCUACUGGUGACUUCAUAAUGGAUUAUCAUCCAGAUUACAAAAACCUUUUUGUCGGUGGAGGCGGAAGUGGACAUGCCUUUAAGUUUCUCCCGGUACUGGGCAAGUACAUGGUAGCGGCUGUCAAGAAGACUCUGCCUAGUGAUCUGUCUGAGAAGUGGCGGUUUCAUACCGAGUAUGAGCAUCGUCAGGAUACUUUCUUGGGUGAUGGUAGUCGGGGCGGACCUGCUCGACGAGAAUUGAAUGCCGCUGAGAAAGCAAAGUUGGAUGGAGAAGGAAGGGCAAAAUUGUAG